GUCAGACUGCAAACCCAGCCUAAGCCACAGCCUGGUCAACCUCCACUCUAUUCUGGGACCUUUGACUGCUUCAGAAAGACUCUUGUUGGAGAGGGAGUCCGAGGCUUAUAUAGAGGAAUGGCAGCUCCUAUUAUUGGAGUGACACCCAUGUUUGCUGUGUGCUUCUUUGGAUUUGGCUUGGGAAAAAGACUCCAACAGAGAAAACCUGAUGACGUUUUGACAUAUCCUCAGCUGUUUGCUGCUGGCAUGUUGUCGGGAGUGUUCACCACAGUAAUCAUGGCUCCAGGAGAGAGAAUCAAGUGCCUUUUACAGAUCCAGGCAGCUACAGGUGAAACGAAAUACAGUGGCUCUUUGGACUGUGCAAAACAGCUGUACCGCGAGGCUGGGAUUCGUGGCGUGUACAAGGGGACAGUGCUCACCCUCAUGAGAGAUGUCCCAGCCAGCGGAAUGUACUUCAUGACGUACGAAUGGCUGAAGAACAUUCUGACCCCUGAGGGAAGGAGUGUGAGUGACCUCAGUGUGCCUAGGAUCCUUUUUGCUGGGGGCCUGGCUGGGAUCUUCAACUGGGCAGUUGCCAUUCCACCAGACGUGCUGAAAUCCCGUUUCCAGACUGCUCCUCCUGGAAAAUACCCAAAUGGCUUUAGAGAUGUGCUGAGAGAACUUAUCAGAGAGGAAGGCAUUGCAUCUCUUUAUAAGGGCUUCACAGCUGUAAUGAUCAGGGCAUUUCCUGCUAACGCGGCAUGCUUUCUUGGUUUUGAAGUUGCUAUGAAGUUUCUUAACUGGAUUGCACCAGGUCUAUGAAGACUAGGAAGUCCUUGGAAAUUAGAGGAGAAGGACGAGAGUGCAAGUCUGCCUCAAAGGAAUAAAUGAAUGAUCACUUGAAGUUUCAGGAAUGAUUGCUUGCCUAAUACCUUUUUGCCUUCCUCACAUUCUUUCGGUGGUGCUAUGUGCCAUUCAGAAAUGUAAGCUGUAGCUCUGAAACAGAGUUGAUGAGGAGUUCGAGGUGAUACACCUGUCUUCUGAGCCAAUGUACCACAGCAGUAAUGCUGCUAACAGACAGCUGUCACUAUUACACACACUACCUUAAGUACUUCCUCAUGGAAGAAGAGGACACUUCUUAAAAUGUAAUUCUUUAUUUAGUGAAGAAACAUGUAGCUGUUAAUGCUGAAAAACUUCCUUAAAAUAAUUGUUUGGCAUUGUGUACUUAACUCUCAGGGCAUGAGUUAGCAGCUGCACAUACUAGUAUCUGCAAGCAAUGUCAGAUAGUAUUCUCAUCUCUUGUAGUUUUUUAGUUGUGGCUAUUUCUAUGUUGACAGUGGUUUUAAUUUUACAUACAUAUAAUGCAACAAAUGCAGAACUAAGCAGGGGAGGUCAGAGCUGUGUUUCAGUGGGUUGAGGAGUA